GGGACUUGGUUCUUGAUAUCGACAUGGCGGUCAUGAGACUGAAGAAAGGGACUAAGGUGGAGAUAUGGAGCAAGUGUGGCUCCUGGCGGCCGGCUGAGAUCAUCUCUGGGAAUGGGCACACUUAUAGUGUCAAGUAUGAUAGUCAUCAACGGGCCAUGGCUACAGUCACUGAAAGGGUGCCAAGAAAGGUCAUCAGGCCAUUGCCUCCAUCAGUGGAUUGUAUGAUGUAUUGGUCUCCUGGUGACAUUGUUGAAGCACUAGAGAACCACUCAUGGAAGCUGGUGCAGGUCUUGAGUGCAGCUGCUGGGGACUGUUAUUUUGUUAAAAUUCUUGGAUCCUCUAAGCAUAUCAUAGCUCAUAAAUCUGAAAUUAGGGUGCGGCAAGCUUGGAAAGACAACCAUUGGGUUAUAAUUCAGGAGGAUGCUGCUAGAUUUCAGGAUGGCAUAAGAUCUGUGGAAGAAGAAGAGGUCAACUCUCCUGUAUCUCAACCUUCUCAAGAGGUGAAAAACCAUCAAGUAAUUAGGCAAGUUCCACAUAAGGAUCACUCUGGUUUUGAGAAAGGUCAGAGGAAAAGGCAACGCAUCUGCUCAUCACCUGUUAAGUUACUCACCCAUGGUUCCUUGAAUCAUACAGAACUCAAUGAUGCUCAAAGUGUUUCAUCCUCUGUUGGUAGCUGCAGUCCUUGCGCUGGUCCUUAUAGGCCAUACUGCAAUCCGAUAGCUUGUCCAACUCAAGAUAUGGAUAGCCUUUUGAACAAUGCUGAUGCAUAUCGUCAUGCAAUCAGAAAAUCAUAUUCUGCUAAGAAAGAUGAGCAGAAAGGGAAGUUUCAUCCCUUAGAAUUACAUGCCUACCGCCUUACCUCGAUGAUGAACACUUGGAAGCAAUCUAGAGCCCUCACUUGGAAGCAAGAAGCACACUUGACAAAUCUCCGCCUUCGGCUGCACAUUUCAAAUGAUGAACAUCAGUCAGAGCUAAAGCGUUUAGCAUCCACUCAAAGUGAUAGGGAGAGAGUUAUGCCUAAGUUAUUGUAGGAUUCCUUUCGGUCUUGAGCUCAUUUUAUAUUUUUUUGCAUUUGAAGUCGUUCCAUUCCUUUGUAAGGUGAUGUAUCAUGUUGUAGGCACUUCUUUGUCAUGUAAAUCUCAAGUGUAAGAUCAUGAAUCACUGUGGCAGAAAUUUCUUGUAUCAAAACUUUUACUCCAGCAAUGAGAUAUAGUAUUUGAUG